AUGGCAUCAUCUGAUAAUUUAUCCGGCAUUGAACCGUGGAUGUUUCGCCCUGCGGUGAAUGACACGUGGCUCGCCGAGUACGUAGCUCGCGACACCGAAACCUUCACCAAGGCUCUUCAAAAAACACUCUCCACUUCACCGGAAGAUGCUUUCUCUCCUUUUUUAAACCUUGUUAAAACUGACUCAGCCGUUACCGCUACACCAACGGUUUCCAGCCUCUCCGGCUCCGACCAGGACUCCGCUCCGAAGCGUCAACGUGUAGCCUCCGGGAAGAUCUCGAAGAGAAAGUCGCGUGCCUCGAAGAGGUCACUGACGACGUUCAUCACCGCCGACCCUGCCAAUUUUCGGGAGAUGGUACAGCAGGUUACCGGAGCGAGAUUCGGUGCGGGUUCGAAUAUCUCAAUGGCACCGAUUGUGAAGCCGGAGCCUCUUAGAAUGGUGGGAGUCACCGGUGGAGGGAGGUUUUCUACGGAGGGCGGAGGUUGUUUGCCGACGCUUGACACGUCAGCAUUUUUACUUGACCAUGUCCAUAACCGUCAACAACAACACCAACCGAAUCAAGCAAUGGUUGGUGCUAACUCUGAUGGGCCUGAGAAUUCUGGGCUGGGCCCACUUUCGUUCGGCCAGCCCAUUGGAGGAUUGGAUGACGACGCUGGUUUUGUUUCUGCUGGUUUAGAUUUUGAAACUUUCUCAAGCUGCUUUCCCACCUUGGAAUCGUCGUGGAAAGUUAUGUAA